AUGCAAUUUGCGGAAGGUCAUAAACGCGUUUUCCUUUUGGUAACAUACCAUGUCAUAAUGACUUCUAAUAAGGAUAAUUUAACAUCAAAUAAAAAAGUAUUUGAAAAGUUUUUUGUUGAUCUGAAACAUGAUCACGGAAAAGAUACGUGGAGUGCAGUAUGCACGGUUUGUCGAAAUGAUCCGUCACUUCCAGAAAAAUCGAUUUCUGAUAAAAAAACUGGGUAUUCAAAUUUCAAACGGCAUAUGUUAAGAAAUCAUUUAAAGAUUUAUAAUGACUGGUUAGCUUCUGUUCAAGUUAAAGUUGAAUCAUCUCAAUCUAAAAUUGAUGAUAAAAUAACUGGUGGAAAACCUGUCUACGGUCAGUCUCAUCCUCGUCAAAUUCAGUUAGAUCAAGCUAUCGUUCAAGAUCUUAUAAUUGAUUUGGGUCUGCCACCCUCUAUGGUAGAAAGAGAUUCAUUUAUUCGUUUUAUGAAAAAAGUCGAUCCGAAAUAUUCCGUAGUCAGCAGAAGAUCUAUUUCUCGUCAGUAUAUGCCUGAAUUAUAUGAUAAAAUGAUUUUAAAUCUAAAAUCGAUUUGUAAUGAAGCUCGGUGGGUAUCGCUCACGUUAGAUACAUGGACAGAUCGACCAUUCAAAGAAUUAAAUGAAAUUCAUAACGGCUCUCUAUUGUUAUUUGAACUGAAUUCUGUUAUCUCGACAUUUUCAUUAGAUUCAAAACUAGUUCGUCUUGUCACUGAUAGUGCCAGUAAUAACUUAACAACAUUUCGAGGUUUUGUUGUUCCAGGGUUUGAAUCAUGUUUUGUGCCUGAUGACGUUGACGAUGAUACUGCAAAUGACUUCGAAGACGACUCAGGCUUUGACGUUGAAGCCUCAUCCGACGACGACUCAGACGAAACUGAUGAAUUAUGUGUUAAAGACGGACUUAAAAAGACCGGAGUUUCCACGAAAAAUGCAUUAGAAAAAUGUUCAGCUAUCACUAAACUUAGUCAUCAAUCUACACAUUUCGCGGAACGUCUCGAACGUAUUAAUGUCUUGAUACCUUCUCCAAAUAAGACUCGAUGGAACAGUCAGUAUGACACUCUAUGUAAAAUUGUUAGUAUGCCUACAGAAAGACUGAAUCAAAUUUUGAAAGACUUCGGUAAACCGGAAUUGUGUUUGUCUGGUAAGGACAUUUCAAUUUUAAAUGAAUUUGUAGAUGUGUUAGCGUUUUUUUCUGAAGCUACUGUGCAGGCUCAAGCAGAAAAUAGUCCUUCUAUCCGUCUUGUAGCUCCUUCUCUUCUUUCAAUUUAUUUUGAUCUUGUAAAACAGAAAGAAGAUUGCCAGCAUCUCUCAUCACCAGUCGAAGUUUUACUCAUUUCAGUAAAAUGUCGUUCCGGUGCAUUAUUAGAGGUUCUUUCUAUUCCAGUUGAAAAGUCGGUGAAAAAGAACAAAAGAUUUUAUGAACUUUACAAAGAUAAUAUUUUUUUAAUCAGUUCAUUUUUAGAUAGCAAGUUUGAACCGAAUUGGGUUUUAGCUUCACCACUUUCAACUGAAAAUAAAAUAUCAAUUUGUGAAAACGUCAAAAAACUUGUUUCGGAUGCAGCUUUAUCACUACAUUCGAAAGCUAGUGUUCAGAAAAAACAAAGUAGUCAGCAGCGUGAAGCUUCAACGAAUACUAGUGGUGCUACUGGCAACUUGAAAAGAAAAUCUAUUUUUGGUUAUAUGGAAAAUAAUGAAAAAAAACAAAAAACUUCUAUAGCAAUAUCAAGCAAUGAUAUUGCUGAGGAAAUUUUACUUUAUUUGAAAGAAGACGGUACAGACAGUAGUUUAAUUUUCAAGAAAUCUUCUCUGUACCCGAUGUUGAGCUCACUAGCAACAAAGACACUAUGUGUGCCCAGCGCUUCAACUCCGGUUGAAAGAGUGUUCCCUCAAUCCGGUUUUCUUAUACGACCACAUCGGGCAAGAAUGACGAGAUAA